AUGGCCUUAGAUUGCAGCAAUGGUUGGAAUGGAUCUUGCGACCUCUCCUAUCAAAAUGCCUUUGCCACGAGUGGAUGCAUCGAGUAUGAUGCGGAUAUCGUUGGCAUAGGUGUCGUCGUCUCGUUCGUGUUAUCAAGCGUGAUCUCUUUCGCAAGUGUUGUUAUUGGCUAUUUCACUUUAUCUCUCCCUCGCUACCUAUUGAAUGAGGCUGAUGUUCUCUACAUCGGGGCUUUCCGGCGGCUCUUUAUGAGCAGGAAACGGACAAUAGAGACCGUCGAUGACGCAUCAGACGCACUGCGCAGCGACGCACUCAUAUCCUUCAUGCUCUCCAUGAGCGACCAGCAAUUGGUCAGUGGCGUUGCCCUGCUGAUUGCCGGGUUUGCCAAAAACACGGACAUUACGACGUAUUCAAUGGAUGUAAUCGCAGCACUUGCAUUCCAGUCCUCGAGCGUCCAUCUGGCAACUUUGCCGCUGAUACGCUACCAUCUGAAGGACCAUAUGACGGCUCUUGCUAUCAGGUUUUCCUUCAUGAUCGCGAACUUGGCCAUGCUAGCUUUUCUGAUGAUCGAACAAACGAGUUCCCAAUGGUGGCCCAAUCUUUACUUUACCUGCGCCUUCUCGGAUUUUACUCUCAAGGGCGCCACAGCCGUGGACAUCUUAUCACAAUUUGUCAUUCUGAUACUCCUUUGCUACGACUACGGCGAUGCUGCCUGUGCUCUUUUCGGCCAGGCCGACGAUAGGAGCAUUCUCGAGUUUGUCUUCAACAGGAAGUACCGGCAGUACCAGAUCGACAAACGUCCUACUCAGCAAGACUACCACAGGGCGAAAGCGUUAGCGAUCCGUGCAAACUCCAAGGAAAAGCAAAGUCGCAGUCAGGUGCGGGAUACACUCCAGGACAUACGACUCAUGGAGUCUUUUGCCUUUCACGAAUUCUUCGGAUCUUAUGCUGCAGGCAUCAUGUGGCUUGCGUUUAUACAGGUCUAUGGCAUUAUCAAUGUCUUCAAGACGAGGGCUGAACCGAAGGGGAGCACAGGUAGUAUGAAUGCUUGGGGGUUUGGUCAAAUUGUCCCUCUCGUGCUGCUUGUCUUGCCCUUGAUGGCUGCCAUCGAAGCUUACGACGAUUACAAAGAUCAAAAGGCUUCGCGGGAGGCUACCGACAGCAGCAGUCCGACCCCCGAUGUCCAGAACGACGCCAUCAGCAUCGUUUCCAAUAAAGCUUCGACAGUCUCGUCUGAGGUGCCCUCAGGCGACCAAGAAGAUUCCCCUGAGCAAGAAUCGCCACAAGACGAGCGAGAAGGACAUGAGUUGUCCAUCAUUGGUGAUGCACCGACCAGACGAGAUUCGCACCAUCGAAGAACCUCUUCUGCAGAACAGAGCAUAAGUAGAAUCUCACUUCGGCAGGAUACCGAAGCCCGAAUUGGCCGUCAAGGCACAUUCCCGAGACCUGGACCCGAGUCAUCCCGCCUCUGGUUGAUCAGAUGGACCACCGAAAGUGCCGAACCCUACAAGUGGAAGAGCUUGAAAUUCUGUAUGUUCGCUUACCUCUUCUUCGCCUCCGGUCUGACUAUCUGGUACGCUGUGGCGAAUUUGAAUAAUGUCCUGCCGCCAAGUCAGUACUGGGGUCUAUCCGCUAUCCUCUGGAUGACAAUCUUGCGGGCCGUCCUUGGCCAGGUACAAUUACUACUGUAUGCGCGGAAAAACAAAGCUUUGAAGGACGGCACCCCGCCCACUGCACAGACACCGCAACCUAACGCAGCCAAUCCGCCUCCAUCCACGAGCAACAGUACACGAUUGUGA